AUGUUAGGGACUGUGAAAAUGGAAGGGCAUGAAACCAGCGACUGGAACAGCUACUACGCCGACACUCAGGAGGUCUAUUCCUCGGUGCCCGUGAGCAACAUGAACUCGGGGCUGGGCUCCAUGAACACCUACAUGACCAUGAACACCAUGACAACGAGCGGCAACAUGACCUCCAGUUCCUUCAACAUGUCCUACGCCAACACGGGGCUGGGGGCCGGGCUGAGCCCCGGCGCCGUCCCCUACGGCGGCAUGAACCCCUGCAUGAGCCCCAUGGCCUACACGCAGUCCAACCUCGGCAGAACGCGGGACGCCAAGACCUUCAAGCGCAGCUACCCCCACGCCAAGCCACCCUACUCCUACAUCUCUCUGAUCACCAUGGCCAUCCAGCAGGCGCCCAGCAAGAUGCUGACGCUCAGCGAGAUCUACCAGUGGAUCAUGGACCUUUUCCCCUACUACCGACAGAACCAGCAGCGCUGGCAGAACAGCAUCCGCCACUCGCUCUCCUUCAACGACUGCUUCGUCAAGGUAGCCCGCUCCCCCGACAAGCCCGGCAAGGGCUCCUACUGGACCCUGCAUCCCGACUCCGGCAACAUGUUUGAAAACGGCUGCUACCUCCGCCGGCAAAAGCGCUUCAAGUGCGAGAAGCCGGCGAACAGCAAAGCCCCUCAGGAGGGCAGGAAAGAUCAGGCUGGGGCUUCCAGUUCGAGCUCCAACUCCCCCCUGCACAGAGGCCACAAUAAACCCGCGCAGCUGGACACCGCCACUUCACUCUCCAGCUCCAACCCGUCCACCAGCCCCCAGUCUAUGGACCAGAGCGGAUCGAGCACGGAGCUAAAGACCUCGGCCUCGGCCGCUUCCUCCACCAUCAGCUCCGUCCCUGCCUUGGCCUCUGUCCCUCACCCCCCUCACUCCUUAGCCCAUGAACCCCAGCUCCACCUCAAGGGAGAUCCCCACUACUCCUUCAACCACCCCUUUUCCAUCAACAACCUCAUGUCGUCCUCGGAGCAGCAGCACAAGCUGGACUUUAAAGCCUACGAGCAGGCGCUGCAAUAUUCCUCCUACGGGGCCAGCAUCCCCGGCGGGCUGCCCCUGGGCAGUGCCUCCAUGGCGGGCCGGAGCAGCAUCGAGCCCUCGGCCCUAGAGCCCUCCUACUACCAAGGUGUGUAUUCCAGACCUGUGCUAAACACCUCCUAG